GUUAAGUAAUGUUAGGCUUGCAAGAAAGCAAAGUAAGCACUCGUGACAACGCAGCAGCGGUAGCAGCAUCUCGUUUGUUUUUUCAUUCAUUCCCCCUCAUCUCUCUUCUCUAUCAUCAUCAUCUCUCUCUCUCUCUCUUCUGUAGUCCUUUAUCUCUACUUCUCCUCAUCUUAAUUCCAUGUAUAUAAGUUUGUAACCGGUAUUCCUUUGUAUUUUUUAAGCUCUUUUCUUUCUUCUCUUCUCUCUCUCUCUCUCUCUUUCCAGUUGUCCAUGCUUCCAUCUUUUUCACCACUUCAUAGAUAUAGAAAGAGAGAGAUAGAAAGAGAAAGAGAGAGAGAGGGACUGUGUGGGAGUAGCAGUAGCAGUAGUAGCAGUGAGAAUUAUUCCUUAAGGGAAGAGGGACUUUGUGAGUUGUUGUUGUAGUAGUAGUAGUAGUAGUAAUAGAGAUAGAUAGAUAGAUAGAUAGAUAGAUAGUUAGUUAGUUAGAAAGCCAAGUGCCUGCCUGUCUGGUUUGAGUUUGAAUUAUGCAGCAAGGAGGAGGAGGAGGAGGGUCCCAGUAUGGGGCACCUCCGCCGCCGGAAAUGCCUCCAUUCGGUAUCUCCACCACUGACCAGCCUGAGGCUGCUUCACCGAUCAGCAGCCGUCCACCACCCAACUUUGAUGAAUUGGCCCCUGCUGUGCCUGGUCCUCCUUUUCAAGAUGAUGACUCCCUUGCCGCUGCUGCUGCCGUAGAUGACACUGACCGUGGUGGUCUCCCUGGCAACCGCUGGCCUAGACAAGAAACCUUAGCCCUUCUCAAGAUCCGUUCUGAGAUGGACUCCGUUUUUAGGGAUGCCACCCUUAAAGGCCCUCUCUGGGAAGAGGUCUCAAGGAAGUUGGCGGAGUUGGGGUACAUGAGGAGUGCUAAGAAGUGCAAAGAAAAAUUUGAGAACGUACAUAAAUACUACAAGAGGACUAAAGAAGGUCGAGCUGGCCGGCAAGACGGCAAAAGUUACCGGUUUUUCAGCCAACUUGAAGCACUCCAUAGCAGCAGCGGCGCAGCCAGUUCCGCCGCCAACCCCAACCCUUCUCCACCACCAUCCAUCGGAGUACUCCCUGGCUUGUCAGGUACCUCUUCAAGAUUACACACAACUCCUAUCUCCGCUUCACCGAUAACCACAGCAGCACCGGCCUCCGGCGUUGCUGGCAUUGCUGGCAUUAGUCUCUCCUCCAACACUUCCUCAGAGGACUCGGACGACGAAGACACUGAGGAGAUGGUUACUGGAGAAGGAAGGAAGAGGAAACACCCUCACAUUGGCCAAGGUGAUAGCUCCGGUGGUAGCAGCAGCACUAGCCGGAAAAUGAUGGCUUUUUUUGAGGGAUUAAUGAAGCAAGUGAUGGAAAGACAAGAGGCAAUGCAGCAAAAGUUUUUGGAAACAAUAGAGAAGAGAGAACAAGACAGGAUGAUCAGAGAAGAAGCUUGGAAGAGACAAGAGAUGGCGAGGUUGAACCGAGAGCACGAGCUAAUGGCACAAGAGCGAGCAAUGGCGGCGUCGAGAGACGCUGCUGUGAUUUCUUUCUUGCAAAAGAUCACUGGCCAAACAAUUUCCAUCCCCACCCCUACCACUACGACGACUAUCCCAGCUGCAUCGGCACCACAGAUGAUAGUCACACCGGUAUCGGUUUCAGUAUCAACUCCAACUCCGCAGCCGACUACUACGAAGCCAGCGCAGCAGCCACUGGUGCAGAAUAGUAUGGAGAUUGUUAGGCAUCAGGUGUCAGUCUCGUCGGAGCUCGGCAUUGUUCCGGUACAACAAGAGAGUCAUGAGGCUAUGGGGUCAUCUUCGUCGUCGAGGUGGCCGAAGGCUGAGGUGCAUGCAUUGAUUCAACUACGUAGUGGGCUUGAGUAUAGAUAUCAAGAAGCUGGACCUAAAGGACCUUUAUGGGAGGAGAUCUCAUCGGAGAUGACGAAGCUUGGGUUUAAUCGGAGCUCGAAGAGAUGCAAAGAGAAGUGGGAGAACAUUAACAAGUACUUCAAGAAGGUGAAGGAGAGCAACAAGAAGAGGCCUGAGGAUGCUAAGACCUGCCCUUAUUUCCACCAGCUUGAUGCACUUUACCGUAGGAAGCUCGCAGCCGGCGGCGGCGGCGGUAGCAGUAGCGUUGUCUCCAGCCAAGCUCUUCAAACAGAAACCACCAGUUCUAAUCCAGUUCGACAAGACAAUACAAUGCAAUCUCCUCAGCAGGUGCCACCAGCAAUGGUGGUGCCGGAGACCGAAGGUAAGAGUGAUGGUGGUGGUGGUGGUGGUGCUCAAAUACCAACAAGCAAUGGAGGAACUUCAACGACAUUCUUCGAAGAAACAAGCAGUGGCUCAGUGAUGAAGAAGCCAGAAGACAUUAUGAAGGAGCUGAUGGAGCAACAGCAACAGCAGCAGCAGCACCCAGUGGUCGCCAUGGAAGAUUAUGACAAGCUCGAAGAACAUGAGAGUGAUAACAUGGAUGAGGACGACGAAGACGACGAGGAUGAAGAUGAUGGUAAGAUGCAGUAUGAGAUCCAGUUUCAAAGACCCAAUGUCAGUGCCAGCGGUGCCUCAGCCAGUUCAGGCAACACAACAUCAAGCACAACCACUGCCACGGCGACCGCCGGUUCUUACAUGGCGAUGGUUCAGUAGAUCAUCGAGGAAAUUUUAUCGGAAAUUCCAAUCUUGUACCAUAUGUACUUAAGUGUCGUCGUGGUCAGCAUCAUCAUCAUCAGCGUAGAUUCCGGUGAACACUUCAACGGAGCUGCUCUGGGCAUUGAUUAAUGAUUCAUUCAUCCUUGCAUCUGCUUCUUAUUCUUCUUCAACUCCUUCCUUCCAGUCAGUGUUUAUCUAGUGAUAUAGAUUUGGAUCGUUUUGUUAUUUUAUUUAUUUGUUUGUGUAAUAAGAGGGGAUGAUGAACAUAGGACCCAACAAAGAAUGAGAAAUAAGAAAGAGAGACAUAUAGAGAAAGAGGUUCAGAGUCCGGCUUGUACAUUGAAUUGGAGAACAAAAUUCUAUAUCAAAGCCCCAUUACUUCUUCUUCUUC